CUCAUCCUCGUCGACGGGUUGAGCUUUGUGUUUCGAGCGUACUACGGUUGGAACGCGCGCGGAAGCGGCGAAGGACUGACGAACUCGGCUGGAGAGGAUACGUCGGUGUUGUACUCGUACGCGCACACGAUAUGCUCGCUGUUGGAGCUGAAACCGACGCACUUGGCGGUGUGCAUGGAUGCGAAAGGAAAGACGUUUCGACACGAAAUGUUCGUCGAGUACAAGGCGAAUCGACCGCCGACGCCGGAGCCGUUAUUGGAGCUCAUACCGAAGGUCGAGCAGCUCGUGCGGGACAUGGGGGUGCCGUUAUUGAGGUUGAGUGGGGUUGAGGCGGACGAUAUCAUCGGUACGGUGAGCAGACGCGCCAGUGAUGCGGGCUUUCGAGUGAGCAUUUGCUCGCCGGACAAAGACUUUUAUCAGUUGCUCGGGCCGAAGACGAAGAUGUUGAAGCCGAGCAAGAGCAGCAAGGGCGAUCCGUUUGAUCCGUUCACGGUUGAUGAUUUCCGAGCGAUGCACAACAACGUCAUCGAACCCGAGCAAUUCAUUGAUUUUUUGGCCCUCGUCGGGGACAGCGCCGAUAACAUUCCGGGCGUCGAGGGCGUCGGCCCGAAGACGGCGUUGGCGUUGCUCGAACAGUACGGCGACAUCGAAAGCGCGCUCGCCAACGCGGCGAACGUCAAGGGCAAACGCGCGCGCGAG